AUGACAUCAGAAGAAACUGCAGAAAAUAUGGAACAAAGCACGGAAGAAAUUGAAGUCCAACAGAAGGACCUUCAAGCUGCCGUAGCUUGGUUCAAGACACGUAUGCAGUUACCCGGUUAUAAUGAUUCAUUAUGGACACCUUACCAUGAUCAAGUAGUUUUUGACUUCUUGACUUGCCCAACAGUAACCGGUGACGCAAAAGCAUAUCGUCUUUUUGCAACUUUUGAUGAUGCAGGAAAAUUCGUGUUAACACCUUUACUUCCUCAAUCAGAUACUAGAGAAGUUAUUUAUUUCUUACGCAGAUUAGACGUUAAGCCAAAUUACAAUAACCUCACAAGCUGCAUUCAGUGGGGUCACGUUCAAGGCAGAGCCGUAAAUACACUUCUUACAUCACUCGAAGGAUUUUACUUACCAUUAUUUGUUAAAUCACAAUACUUACCAGAUAGUAUCCACCAAGAUAUUAUGCCUGAAAUGAACAAAUUCUUAGGCUUCGUAACAGAUUCAUCAAAUAGUUUUUACGGUGAAACAAUUCUUUACAUCCCACACGAAGAUCUUACAAAUAUCGAGGCAUGCGUUCAGGAUCGUGCUCUUAUUCAACGUCUUGAGAGUAUCGUUAUCCAAUGGACUGGACAACUUAAGACUCCAGUUCAGAUCAAGUUCGAUUCUGUCGGCCCUCUUGCUGAAAUUGAAUAUUGGGAAUUCCGCCUUAAAACAUCUAAAUCUCUUCAAGCUCAAAUCGAUUCUACACCAAUCCAGCAAGUUAUUGCAGUUUUGUCUGCAGUAAAAUCUCGCUAUCUUGCCGAUUUCCAGACACACUACAACAAAGUUAAGGAAGAGAGCGUUAUGGCCAAAAGUAUCAUCCGCCAUCUUCGCGUUCUCAUCGAGCCAUGCAACCAGCUUAGCCAAGGUGAAGUUUCUGAAUGCACAGAGCUUCUCCGCAAGAUUCUUUUCGCCAUCAGAUUUAUUUACGAAAAGAGCCCAUACUACCACGACGAGAACCAUCUUUCCGUUCUCCUCAAGCGCGUUAGUGACUUAGUUAUGCAUUUCAUUACAUCGAAGAUUAAUCUCGAUAACGUAUUUUCACUUGAAGGUGAUGUCAACCAUGGUCUUGACAUUCUUACAAUCGCUGUCACUGUCGGUGCCUCCUGGAACAGUACUUACAAGGUUGCCAUGCGCGCAGUCAAGUCAAAAGAUCCGAAUGCAUGGAAUUUCGAUCAUACCCAGCUUUUCGCCAACUUCGAUGCCUUCAUUUCUCGCUGUGGUGAUCUUAAAGAGAUUUGCCAGAACACCAUCCAGUUUACUCGCAAGAAAGGCACAGAAGCAGUUCCAAUUCCAACAUUCCCAGGUUCAAUUGGCUCAACCAUCUCCCAGAGCCUCCAGGAAAUCCAAGAUUCAUACGUCGGAAUCCUCAAGAAGCUCGAAACAUCCGACUGCUCCGUUUUCGAUGUCAGUGACAACAAAUGGCACACAGCUUUCAACGAAUAUUGCGAGAGCUGCUCCAAUCUCGAGUCCCUUCUUCUCAACGCCAUCCAAACACAGUUCGAAGCUGCCAGAACACCAACAUUGGCACUCCAACUCCUCGAAAUUUUCGAAGAUCUCGCUGUUCGUGAUGGUGUCAAACACCUUGUUUCCGUCAAAUGCAGCGAUAUGUGGAAACUCUUCCAAGAAGAGAUCAUCGUUGUUCGUAGAGAGUUCGAGAACCUCAAAGCCAAUCCACCGCUUCCUCCUCAUCAACCAAAGCAGGCAGGUACAAUGAUUUGGGCUCGUUCUCUUGCUCUCCGUCUUCAGCAGCCAUUUGAGCAGAUUUCCGCUGCUACAUGGUUACCUCCAUACACAUACAAGAACGAAGUCAUCACGAGUUACCAGGGAAUCAUCACUUCCAUCAAUGAUUUCAUCAACAACACUUUCAACGAGUACCACAAGACAAUCGUAGAAAGUGUCAGACAAGCCCUCAACAAACCAAUUCUCGCGAAGAACACACCGACAUCAAUUCGCGCUUCAAUCGAAGACAGAUUGGUUCAGGCAGAAGAAGAAAUCGCUCAUUUCAUCAGAAUGGGAAAGAUCAUUUCUUCAACAGCCACAGAGAUUGUCGGCCUCAGAGAUCGCACAAGAGAUAUCGUAGAAUGUGUACUUAAUGUUGUAAGAGAUUACAACACAAUCUACGAGUGCUUGAAGCCAGAUGAACAACUCUUAUUCCACGAUCACUUCCAGAAGAUCGAACACAGAAUUGGUGACGCUUUGACACCAAAGGUUUAUUGGCAAAACACAUCACUUGUCAAUUCCUUUGUCAAUGCAAGUGUCAAGGAACUUCACCAAGUCCACGAAAUCAUUGUCGGAUUCAAGAAGACAUCAGGAAACAUCAUCACAGCCUGCAAGACAAUUUCAAGAACUCCAAUCAUCCAAGUACAACCAGGUAAACACAUCUUCAGAUCCGAUGAAUUCUAUGAAGUCCAGAAACAAUGCUACAAUACAGCGUUAGGACAAAUCAUGGAUGUUUACAAUACAACGAUUGGCGAAUUGCGCACAAUGUUCAAUUCAUUCAAUAUCAAUACAUUGAAUGUUAAAGAACAGUGGCUUUCCUUCUUGAUCAAUGUCGAUUACAUGUUGGAAUCAGCGUUCAAACAAGCAGCAAACAAAGCACUCUUUGACCUCAAGCGUGCUUUGACUGAUGAAACAUUCCCACUCUUCAUUUCUCAGAUGGAUCUCGUCAACGGAAAGUGCUCAAUCACUCCAGGUUUCGAUGAUAUCAAGCAAACAUUGACAUCACUCAUGAACGGCGCUAUUUCGAUCUCUAGCGAGUUCAAGCCUGCUUAUUGGUCACUUAAAGAUGAUAUCCGCGUUAUCCCUGAUGACGAUGAUGUUGAAGAGUACGAGCGCAUCAAAGAUCCAAACUACGUCUUCUCACAAGAAAAGACACAUUUCUCUACAUUCUUGACACAAAUCCAGAGCGAUGACGAGAUCAAGAAUUUGUCAUCACAGAUUGAAACAAUCAUCAACAAGCUCGAAGAGCCAUUCAAGGCUAAAGUCGAGUCCUGGAACAAGUACAAGACAAUCUGGGAUACAGACAAACCAACAGAACUCCGCCGUUUGGCAGAUACAGAGAUGACAUUGUCUCAGUUCAAUCAAAAGAUCGAUGACUACAAAGUCCAAAGCAACCAAAUCCAAGCAACAGAAUCAACAUCAACACAGUCAUUCGUACGCUUGGAUUCAUCACCUCUGCAGUCAUCAUUGUUAACACAUUGCUCUGAUUGGACAUCGAGAUUAAUCAAGCUCUUGAAUGAUGUUUCUCACGAGAAAUUACAUCAUUUCUACGAAAUGUUCAGUGAGAAAACAGCCAAACUCCGCGAGACACCAACAAACAUCCCUGAAUUAGGAGCAUUACUCCAAUUCAUGGCCGAAGUCAAAGAAUCCAUCCCACAAACAGAGAAGUUGUUCGCUCCUUUGCAAGAAAACUUCGAUGCUUUGGUCAAAUUCGAGUAUCCAAUCGAUCCAAAGGAUACAGAUCUCUUGACAUCGUUGGCUGAGAGAUGGAAAGAAUUCAAGGAAUCCGUAACUCUCGCUGACAAACAGUUGGAGCAGCACAGAGACGCUUUCAAGAAGAAACACAUUGCAGAAGUCGAAGAAAUCGGACAAUUGCAAACAGACAUGUACAACCAAUUCAUGUUAGAAGAACCAUUUAAGGCUUCUCUCGGUUUCAAGGCAGCAAACGAAAUUCUCGACAGAUACGAUGAGAAGGUUCGCGAGCUCAGAUUAAGAGAAGAUGCUCUAAGACCAGGUUGCAAUUUGUUCAAACUCGAUCCACCAGUCUACAAAGAAAUCUCCACUGUUAAGACAGAUAUUGGCUUACUUAGACAAGUCUGGAGAUUAUACGAUGAAUGGGACAACAUGUUCAACAAGUGGUGCAGCGAUCCAUUCAAGAAACUCGAUGUUGCUUCAAUGGAAGGAGCCGCUGUUACACAAGCUAAACAAGUUGCAAACUUAGGUUUAAAGAACUGGGAUGUUGCAACUGUUUUAGCACAGAAGAUUCAGCAAUUCAAGAAGAUGAUGCCAUUGAUUUCCAACCUCAAAGAACCAGCCAUCAACGAGCGUCACUGGAACAUCAUCAUGAAGGAAUUGGAUGUAACAUUCGAUCCAAACUCAGAUUCAUUCAAUCUCGCAGCAAUUUACGAGAUGAAGUUCCAAGAACACGCAGAUAUCAUUGCAACAAUCGCUAUGAUCGCUUCCAAGGAAUACGAAGUACAAAUGGGCAUCAACGAGAUCACAGAUCGCUGGGGCAACUUGCACUUCGAAACAGAUCCACACCGUGGUGCUUACAAGAUCAUCCAGUCUGAUAAGAUCUAUGAUCAGAUCGAACAAGACCAGACACAGUUGUCAACAAUGAAGGCAACACUCGGAUCAAUGAAGGCCACACGUUUCUUCUCUCCAUUCGAUCAGACAGCCAUGAACAACCUCGAACAGAACCUCACAAAGGUCCUCGAGCUCACAGAUCUCCUUUUGCAAGUCCAGCGCCAAUGGAUUUACCUCGAAGCCAUUUUCUCUGGCUCUGAGACAAUCCGUAAAGAUCUUUUGAACCAGGCUUCUGAGUUCGGAAAAGUUCAUCAGAAAUGGCGUGAUAUCAUGGAAUUGCUCCGUAGAGAUUCAACAACAUGCUUCAGAGCUGUUAAAGAACAAGACAUUGUUACAAAGCUGAAGCAGAUGAACGAGAAACUCGAAGAAAUCCAAAAGGUUCUCGAGUCAUUCUUGCAAUCAAAGAGAAACUCAUUCCCAAGAUUCUACUUCCUUUCAAACGACGACCUUCUCGAGAUCAUUUCCAAGCAGAAGGAUCCGAAAUGCGUCUUGCCACAUCUCAAGAAGAUGUUCGGCGGCAUGACAUCAUUAAGAUUCGAUACACAGGCCAACUCAGAAGGAAAACCACAGCCGGUUGCAGUCACAAUGUCCUCCGCAGAAGGAGAAGAAGUUAAGUUCGAAACACCAGUCCAAAUCUCAGGUGAUGUCGAUAUUUGGCUCCGUGAAAUCGAAAACGAAAUGCGCCGCACAAUCCACACACAGUUAUCCCGCUGCAGAACAGCCAUCCUCAAGACAAACUACAUUGAUAAGGCAAAGGUUCUUAAGGACGAUCAGUUCCCAGGCCAAUGCUUCAUCACUGCCGGCCAAAUCAAGUGGACAAUGGAGUGCGAAAGAGCUCUUGAAUCCGCUCAGAAGGCAGCAGAAAGUGCUGGUGGAAAAGCUGUUAGAAUCACUGCACAAUCACAUCCACUUACACAACUCCUUGGUUCCCAGAUUUUGUUCAUUGGCGAACUCACAAACAUGAUUCGCGACAACCUUUCUCCUCUUCUCAGAAAGAAGGUCAAAGCUCUUCUUAUUAUCGAAGAUCAUGCUCGCGAUGUCAUCAACGAAAUCAUCAAGUACGGUGUCAACCACAACGGCUCUGUUACGAAGGAUGAUUUCGUCUGGCUCAAGCAAUUGAGGUUCUACUGGCUCAAGGAGAAUGAAUUCUGCACAAUCCAGCAGACAUUCUCAUCAUUCGAAUACGACAAGGAAUACAUCGGCAACAACCCACGUCUUGUCAUCACACCACUUACAGAUCGUUGCUACUUGACAUUGACAUCAGCUUUGCAGUUCAAGUGCGGUGGUAACCCACAAGGUCCAGCAGGUACAGGCAAGACAGAAACAGUUAAAGAUCUUGCAAAGGCAUUCGCCAAGUUCUGCAUCGUCUUCAACUGCUCAGAAGGCCUCGACUUCAAGUCCAUGGGUAACAUCUUCUCCGGUUUGGCACAGACAGGUGCAUGGUCUUGCUUCGAUGAAUUCAACCGUAUCGAAGUCGAAGUUCUUUCUGUCAUUGCACAGCAAGUUCAGCGUCUUCUCGAUGGUAUCGCAUCUGGUGCUUCUCAAGUUUGCUUGGACACAUCGUUCAUCAAACUCAAUCCAACAUGCGCUAUCUUCGUUACAAUGAACCCAGGUUACGCUGGUCGUUCCGAACUUCCAGAUAACCUCAAGACACUUUUGAGACCAGUUUCCAUGAUGGUUCCAGACUCUUCUCUCAUUGUCAAGAUCGAACUUAUGUCAGAAGGUGUCGCAGCUGGUGAAGCACUCGCAAGAAAGAUUACAACACUCUACGAUCUCUGCAAGCGCCAGCUUUCAAAGCAGGACCACUACGAUUUCGGUCUUCGUAACAUCAAGUCCGUUCUUUCCAUGGCUGGUUCUCUCAAGCGCCAGAACACAGGACAGUCUGAUGAACUCAUUAUUCUCAGAUCAAUGACAAACAUGAACUUGCCAAAGUUCGUUCGCGAAGAUAUUCCUCUCUUCCAGUCAAUCAUGUCCGAUCUCUUCCCAGAUGUCGAACUCGAACAACCAGCAGCAGGAAACGUCGAAACAGCCGUUGUCGAAGCUCUCCAAGCCGACCAGUUACAAGUCGAGCCAGCUCUUGUCCAAAAGAUCAUGCAAUUGUACGAUUCAAUGCAGACAAGACACGGCAACAUGCUUGUCGGUCAAACAGGCUCCGGUAAGACAACAGCUUACACAAUUCUUGCAAAGGCAUUGAACAACAUCAAGACAAGAACAUUGACAUACAUGUUGAACCCUAAGGCCCUUUCAUUGGGUGAAUUGUACGGUCAAUACGAUCUCAACACAAGACAAUGGUCAGAAGGUGUUCUUUCAACAGUCAUCAGAGAUGUUUCCAUCAUGGAAGGUGAUGAUUUAAGAUGGGUUAUCUUCGAUGGCCCAGUCGAUACAUUGUGGAUUGAAUCAAUGAACUCCGUUCUUGAUGAUAACAAGGUUUUGACUCUUAUCAACUCCGCUCGUAUCUCACUUCCACCACCUGUUUCUCUUCUUUUCGAAGUCGAAGAUCUCGCUGUCGCUUCUCCAGCUACAGUUUCUCGUUGCGGUAUGAUUUACUUCGAGACAUCAACAAUCGGAUACAAACCAUCCCUCACAUCCUGGAUGAACAGAGUCAUCACAAACGACCGCCACAAGCAGAAACUCUCAUUACUCUGCCAGAAGUUCGUUGAUUUGUUCAUCGAGUACAAGCACCAAGCUCUUCACGAUCUCAUCCCUGUCACAGAUCUCAACGCAGUCCAGACAUUCUGCAAGCUCUACGAGACACUUGCAACAGAAGCAAACGGUGUUGAUCCAGCAGAUGAAAUGAACUUCGAUGUAAUGGUCGAGUCAUGGUUCUGGUUCUGCUUAGUUUGGGGUAUCGGCGGCUCAUUGAAUGAAGAUGGCCGUCGCGAGGCAGAUCUUUGGAUCAGAGAUCUCGAGUGCCCAUUCCCAGCAAAGGACACAGUCUACGAUUACUACGUCGAUGUCCAGAAGCACUGCUUAGUUGCUUGGGAAGACAAGUUACCAUCAGUUUGGAAGACACCAGAAGUUCCAUUCAACCAAAUCCUCGUUCCAACAGUCGACACAAUCAGAAACUCCUUCAUCCUCAAGACACUCACAGACGGAAACAUCCACGGUUUGUUCGUCGGUUUCUCCGGUACUGGUAAGACAGCUUUCAUUGAAAACACAUUGACAACAUACGAUUCCAACAAGUAUUCGUCAUUGACAAUGAACCUUUCUUCCAGAACAACAUCAAACAAGCUCCAGGAAAUGAUUGAGAACGCUUUCGAAAUCAGAACAAAGAGCACUUACGUUCCAAUUGGCGGCAAGAAACUCGUCGUAUUCAUCGAUGAUUUCAACAUGCCACAGCGUGAUCUCUUCGGAUCUCAGCCUCCUCUUGAGUUGCUCCGUGAAUGGAUGGAAACAGAAUCAUGGUACGACAGAACAACUUGCACACCAAAGAUCCUCAAGGACAUGCAAGUUGUCGCAGCCAUGGCACCUCCAGGCGGUGGCAGACAGCCAAUUUCAAGACGUCUUCAGUCAAAGUUCUGCUUGUUCAACGUUUCAAAUCCAUCAGAUUCACAACUCAAGAGAAUCUUCAACACACUUUUGUCCAACCAUGUUGCCAAGUUCAAUGAAGAAGUUCAGUCCCUUGCAGAACCAUUGACAAACGCAACACUUGAGCUCUUCCAGAACAUCCAGAAGCAGUUCCUUCCAACACCAAAGAAGUCCCACUACAUCUUCAACUUGCGUGAUAUGUCACGUGUCUUCCAAGGCUUGUUGGAUGCAAAUCUCGAAUAUUUCGAUGACAGAACUGCUUUCAUCAAAUUGUGGUGCCACGAGUGCUUCAGAGUUUUCGCUGAUAGAUUAGUCAACGAUGACGACAGAGCCUUGUUCCUCAAGUUAUUGCAAGGACAGCUCAACACAGCACUUUCAACAACAUGGCCGGCCUUGUUUCGUGAAGACAAAGAGCCAACACCACACGGCGCUUUCGUCCAGGAAGGUCCAACAUGGCCAUACAAGGAAUACCCAGAUUUCAACGUUCUCCAGAAGUUCCUCAUCAACCAACUCAAUGAUUACAAUGAAAUGGGUAACAAAGUUCCAAUGAACUUGGUCCUCUUCAAGGAAGCAUCAUUCCACUGCUGCAGAAUCAUGAGAAUCAUCGGCAGACAGUUCGGACACGCUCUUCUCAUCGGUUUAGGUGGUUCCGGACGUCAAUCACAAUGCAGAUUGGCUGCAAACAUUCUCGAAAUGCAGUUCUUCCAGAUCACAAUCACAAAGGGAUACAAGGAACGUGAUUUCCGUGAAGAUCUCAAGAAAGUUAUUGAUCUCACAGCCAUCGAACAGAAGCCAACAGUCUUCUUCUUCUCAGACACACACAUUCUCCAGGAAUCAUUCCUUGAAGAUGUUCUUUCCAUCCUUACAUCAGGUUGUGUUCCAAACCUCUUCGAAGGCGAAGAACUCCAGCAGCGUCGUGAAGCAAUGCGCGCCGAAGCCACAAAGAGAAAGAUCGUACAGACACCACAGAACUUGUUCAACCUUUACGUCCAGUUGUCGAGAGAAAACAUGCACAUUGUAUUCUCAAUGUCACCAGCAGGAAACGCUCUCAGAAACAGAAUCCGUAUGUUCCCACCUCUCGUCAACAACACAACAAUUGACUGGUUCAACGAAUGGCCGAAACAAGCUCUUCAAGCCGUCGCAGAAAACAUCAUGAAGGAUGUCGAUUUCAAGGACGAAAACACGAAGAACGCAAUUGUCGGCUCAUUUGUCGAAUUCCACUCUCUUGCAGAUGGAAUGUGCAACAAGAUGCAGACACAGUUAAAGAGAUCAUUCCAGUUGACACCAACAACAUUCAUGGAGUUCGUAAAGAACUACAAGACUUUGCUUUCGCAGAAGGAAAGCGAAAUCACUGCCCGCGCAAAGGUCUACAGAGAUGGUGUCGCAACUUUGGUUUCUACACGUUCAGAAGUCGAAAUUAUGUCACACGAUCUCGAGAAGCUCAAAGUCACUCUCGAAGCAGAGAAAGCUAAGUUAGAAGCAACAUCUAUCCAGCUUUCCAACACAAAGAAGUCAGCUGAAGAUCAGGAAGCUUAUCUCGUCCAGUACUCUCAGGAAAUUGCCAAGUCCGCAGAAGAAUGCAGAAUUGAGCAAGAAGCUGCAGAAGCACGUCUCGCAAACGUUAAACCAGAACUUGAUAACGCUGCAGCAGCUUUAGAGUCAUUCAAGAAGAAUGUCAACAACAUUCACGAAAUUUCCGGUUAUAAGGAAUCCGUCGGCGCUGUUCCAAUCGUCGUCGAAGCUCUUAUGACAUUGCUCGGCAAGCCAUGCUCAUUCCAGCAGGCCAAGGUCGAAAUGAAGGAUCCAGGUUUCAUUGGUCGUUUGACAAACUUCGAUAAGGACCACAUUCCGAAGUCAACACUCAAGAAAUUGCAGAGAUACAGAGCAAUGCCAGAACUCGAUCCUAAAGUCGCUGCUCGUUCAUCAACAGCUGCUUCACUUCUCGCAUGCUGGGUUAUGGCCAUGAUUAGAUAUGGAGAAGCAUAUCAGAAUGUCUAUCCUUACAUGCAGAAAGUCGCUUUGAUGAAACAAGCAUUCGAAGAAAAGAGAAUCGAAUACGAAACUAAACAAAAGGAUCUCGCGGAACUUCGUGCUAAACUCGAACAGCUCCGUAAAGAUCGUGAUGCACAACAGGCAGCUUCAGACAAACUCCAACAGGAAGCUCGUUCAACAGAGAUCAAGCUCAAGCGUUCAAACGAUCUCGUCAACGGUCUUGUAGGCGAAAGAACACGUUGGGAAGAGUCCAUCAAGAACUUCGACCAACUCUUGGAGUGGUUGCCUGGUGACUGCUUCCUUGCAGCUGCUUUCCUCGUCUACUGCGGUCCAUUCUCAACAGAUUACAGACAGCAGCUCAUCGGAAAGUGGAAGAAGCACAUCAGAUCACUCAAGUUAUCAACGAACCCUGAUUUCACACCAACUAAAUUCCUUGAUGAAGCAAUCUUCGUACAACAGUGGCACCUUUGCGGUUUGGCUUUGGAUGAUUUCUCCGAAGAAAACGCAACUCUCGUUUUGCACGGCGAGAGAUGGCCACUUUGCAUUGAUCCACAGAACCAAGCAAACCAGUGGAUCAAGAAGAUGUACAAAGACAAGUUGUUGGUCAUGACAACAAAGAAGCCGAAGUUCGACCAACAACUCGAAAUCGCUUUGCAGACUGGCCAACCGGUUUUGCUCCAGGAUAUGGGCGAAGACAUCGAUCCAGCUCUCAUGCCAAUCAUCAACAGAGAGUUCGUCAAACAAGGUACAACAAUGAUGUUCAAGCUCGGUGGCGACAGAUUAGUUGCUUUGCAUCCUGACUUCAGAUUGUUCAUGACAACAAAGAUGUCUAACCCAGAAUGGACACCAGAAGUCACUUCAAGAACAACAGUCAUCAACUUCUCCGUCAAAGAACAAGGUCUUGAAGAACAAAUGCUUGGUAUCGUCGUCGGAAAAGAGCGUCCAGAACUCGAAAACGAGAAAGUCAGACUUGUCACACAAAUGGCACAAGACAAGCAGACAUUGCACGACACAGAACUCCAGAUUCUUCAAUUGUUGGCUUCCAAGUCAUCACAAGAGUUGCUCAAUGAUGAUACAGUUGUUACAACACUCGAAACAUCAAAGCACCUCUCACAGAACAUUGGAGAAAAGCUUAAAUCUGCUGCAGACACAGAGAAGAAGAUCGAUGCAGCUCGUGAAGCAUACAGAUCUGUUGCUCGCCGUGCAUCAUCACUCUUCUUCGUACUUUCCGAUCUCGCAUACGUCGAUCCGAUGUAUCAGUUCUCUCUCGACGCCUACACAGUUCUUUUCAAUCACUCGUUGAGCAACGCACAGCAUUCUGAUGAUACAGAGCAGCGCAACGAGACGAUCAAGAAGGAACACACAUUGGCAGUCUACAGAAACACAUGCCGUGGUUUGUUCGAACAGCACAAGUUGUUGUUCUCAUUCUGCCUCGCUGUCAAAGUUCAACAGACAGGAGAUCAACGCGGCCCAGGAAGAAUCGCUGCUGAUGAGUACUUGUACUUACUCCGUGGCCCAGUUGGAUUGAGUCCAGAAGUUCUCGAAGGCGGUGCCAAACCAGAGUGGUUGAAUGAAAGAGAGUGGGAGAACAUCCUUGGUUUGAACACUCUUCCUGCUUUCGAAGGCAUUGCCGCAUCAUUCGAGCAGUACAAUGAAGACUGGUACGCAUGGUACAUGAGCCAGCAGCCAGAAUUAGUUCCAUUCCCAGGCGACUGGACGAGAAGAUGCACAUUAAUGCAGGCAAUGGUAAUUGUCAGGUGCUUGAGACCAGAUAGAAUCCUCAGCUGCAUUUCCAACUACAUUGAGAACACAAUUGGCGAGGAAUUCAUUAAACCACCACCACUUGAAUUAUCAGCUGCAUACCAUGAUUCCGAUGCAUACACACCGCUUCUCUUCGUUCUUUCUCCAGGUGUCGAUCCACUCACAAACCUCAAGCGCCUUGCCACAGACAUGAAGAUCCCAGAGGACUCAUUCCACGACCUCGCUCUCGGUCAGGGCCAGGCAGAGAUUGCCAAGCAAUUGAUGGUUGAAGGCUCCCAGAAAGGUUGGUGGGUUUAUCUCUCCAACUGCCACCUCAUGCUCUCAUGGAUGGACGAGUUCGAAGGCAUCUUCGAAGAAAUCUGUCUCACAAAGAUCGAUCCUAAGUUCAGAUUGUGGAUUUCAUCAGAUCCAAAUCCAAAGUUCCCAAUCUCCAUCCUCCAGAGAGCUGUCAAGAUGACAACAGAAUCCCCAUCAGGUAUCCACGCAAACAUGCAGACACUCUACUCAACAAUCCAGACAGAUUCAAUCGACAAGGCAACACCAACUUACAAGAAGCUUAUUUUUGCACUUUGCUACUUGCAUUCUGUCAUCAUCGAGCGUCGCAAGUUCCUCACACUCGGCUGGAACAUCCCUUACGCCUUCAACAGAGCAGACUUCGAUAUCUGCCAGAAGGUUAUCGCCAAGCUUUUGGACACAUCUCCAAAGGCAAUUCCAUGGGAAGCCAUGAGAUUCUUGAUCUCAGAAAUCCACUACGGUGGAAGAGUCACAGACUCAUGGGAUCAGAGAUUGUUGGAUGUCUACGUCCACCAGUACUUCCAGCAGGAUCUCAUCGAUGUACACGGAUUCAAGCUUUGCGACAACAACUUGUACUUCGUCCCAGAACCAACAAACGUUGUAGACGCAAUGCAGGUCAUCGAGAAGAUCCCAAUCACAGAUCCUCCAGAGGCUUUCGGACAGCACCCGAACGCAGAUAUUUCAUCAUUGAUCCAGGAAGGCCAAGGACUCCUUUCCACAGUUCUUUCCCUUCAGCCAGCUCUUUCCACAGCAUCUGGUGCAUCAAGAGAAGAUGUCGUCCUCAACCUUGCAAAGGAUUUAUUGUUCAACGUUCCAAAUACAAUUGUUCUUCCAAGACUCAAUGCAAACGCAAACACAGAUGCAUUACAAAUCGUUUUGUACCAGGAAAUCGCAAGAUACAACAAGCUCUUGACAGUUGUCCGCAACUCAAUCGAAGAGCUCAUCAAAGGUAUCCAAGGCCUCGUUGUCAUGUCAAGAGAACUCGAUGAGAUCUUCACUUGCAUCUACGAGAACAAAGUACCAGAGAUGUGGCAGUUCGCUUACCAAUCAUUGAAGCCACUCGCUUUGUGGUCUAAGGAUCUCAUUUCUCGUGUCGAGUUCUUCAAGAAAUGGCUCGAGAAAGGCGAACCAAACGCUUUCUGGCUCGGAAGAUUCACAUAUCCAACAUCAUUCCUUACAGCAGUUCUCCAGAGAUCUGCAAGACUCCACAAGAUUUCAAUCGACCAAUUGGAGUGGCAGUUCAACGUUAUGCACACAGAUAACGUCAGAGAGUUAGAGCAACAAGCACUUAUUCCGAAGGAAGGUGUUCUUAUCAGAGGGCUUUACCUCGAAGGCGCAAGAUGGUCAAAGAAGAAUAAAGUUCUUUGCGAUCCAAAGCCACUCCAGCUCAUCUCAGAAUUGCCAAUCAUUCACUUCCUUCCUGUUGAUAAGACAAAGAAGGAGAAAGGAAACGUUUACAUUGCUCCUGCUUACAUCUACCCAGUUAGAGGUGGAUCUUCUGAACAUCCAUCCCUUGUUCUUCCAAUCGAAUUACCUACAGAAAAUGAUCCAGAUCACUGGGUUAAGCGUGGAACAGCUGUUUUGCUCACACUCAAGUAA